UCUCACUUCUCGCAAGGACAUAUUUUAAACCAACUCCUUUCUCCCUUCUCUUUCGUGUUGGGUUGACUGGAGUGAAAACCUAUCAGCUGCUCACGCGAAACUACCCAUUUCUUACCUUAUCUUCAAGUCUCCAUCGCUUGAUCACCGAUCGUCUCUCACCUCACCGAUCUCUAUGGGUCGGUCCAUAGAGCCACUCGUCGUCGGGAAGGUGAUCGGAGACGUCCUCGAUAUGUUUACUCCGACCAUCGAAUUCACCGUCCAUUACGGCUCCAAACAGAUCGCUAACGGAUGCGAGAUCAAGCCUUCUGUUGUAGCCAAUAAGCCUAGAGUUCAUCUCUCCGGUUCUCGUCUCUCUAACAGCCUCUACACUCUUGUUAUGACCGAUCCUGAUGCUCCAAGUCCCAGUGAACCCAAUCUGAGGGAAUGGCUCAAUUGGAUCGUCGUAGAUAUUCCAGAAGGUUCAGAUGCCACAAAUGGGAAAGAGAUGGUAGUGUACAUGGGACCUAGCCCUCCGACCGGCAUUCACCGAUACGUCUUCGCACUAUUUCAGCAAAAAGGACCCAUGACUGAAGGGAUUCGACUGCCGGUUGCCCGUAGCAACUUCAGUACUCGUAGUUUCGCUGCAGAAAUCGGAUUGGGCCUUCCGGUUGCAGCCGUCUAUUUUAAUGCCCAGAAGGAACCAGCUUCAAGAAAACGCUGAAUAGAGAAUUAGAGACUCCUUUCACGUAAUUUCUACCGGGGAGAAAAAAAAAAAAGAUUCCUUUUCACGUAAGGUGACAUUAGGGUGUUUGUUUUGUCUGCCUGUAUGUUGUGUGUGUAGUUUGAUAAGGACGCUGUUUGGUUUUCAAUUAAAACGAGACGAUCUAUACAGUUGUACAUUUUUCAUUUUCUCCUUC